AAGCACCCAGCAACAUAGCAGGGAGGGCGGAUGCUCGGAAACUCUUCCACUCUUACUUUCCUCCUGUUCCUGGGUCUCCCCUCUUUUUUCUUCUCUGUUGGCUGCGCUGCUUUGUGUCGUCUAGAUAAACCAGGGAUAACACACACAUCAAGACUCAGAAGAUGAAGUCUCACUUGGUCUUUCGCGUCACAUGUGUGACCCUGCUCUCACUGUGGUGUGGUGUGUGUCACUCCUCUCCUCUGUUCUUCAACGUGUCCAUGGACGGCAGUGGUGACGAGGCAGAACUGGGGCUCAUUUUCCCAACCUCCUUCUCCACCCGGGCGCCUGUUCACGUCACCGCAGCUACUGGAGCGCCCAGUUUCACCAACACCAUCACCACCACCAUGAUCCGCCUGAAGGACUUCGUCCUGAGCCGAGUGGUGGACUUCCUACAGGAGAACUUGCUCAUCAUCAUUGUUGUCACCUCUCUUCUCAUCGUCAUGGUCUUCAUCAUCUGCUGCGCCUCGGCUAUGAGUCAUAAGCGCAAGCUGGAGGCCUACAAGCCCCCUGCUAAUCCACCCAGGAAGUAUAUGGCAGAUAAGAAUUCAGGCGAGCUCCAGGAGAGGCCCUACGCUGUCGACCACGUCAAGAGGGUCCAGACUCAGGGCAUGGCCUCCCCCAAGAACCUGCGCAUGCCCUCCAAGGCUCUGGUGGGAGAGAGAGGGAGAGACGUCAGGUCGUCACCUCGUCAGGAGGUCAGAAAGGUCAGGGCGCCAGAGGAGGUGGAAAAGCGCAGAGAGGAGCCCACCCUCAAAGAGCAGAUGAAGCACAGGGAGGAGGUGCAGCAGAGCUCCAGCCCCAGCACCAGCUCCAGUCAGCAUGUCUGCACCUGCCACCUGAAGAAGGCCCACCACUAGGUCAGGGUCAAGGAUCCUGACAUCAAAACAAGGUGAAAUGUGUCAACCAUGACACACACGUUGGCAAAAUGUGUGGAAAAAAAGAGGGAAAUGUUUUCAAGUGAUGCUCAUGCCAUCUUUGAAAUGCUAAAAUCUAAUAGAAACAAUAUAUAUGGAAAAAUUAAGUCUUACAUCAGACAGAUAAAGUAAACACGACAGAGCAGAAGAUGUGUGAGAUAAGUUUCUGAUUUAAUGGCCAACAACUGAUACCAGGGGACGAGGGCAGAUAUCGCUGACCUGCUGCAGUGGUCCGUCCUUUGGUUUCAUCAGUGAAUCUGAUAUCAAACCUCAUUCAUUUUUUUAAUGAAUGAGAUUUUUUUUAAAGAAGAAUAGUGUUGGGGGGGUUGUAAUAGUUUAUAAAAUAAAAAGAAAAGAUUUGAAUUUCCCAUGUUUCCCAAAGAGAAAUGACAAAAGGUAUUCAUGUGUUUUUAAUGGAGAGGUGUAUUUCUCCAUACACCUGCUGAGACGGAGGAACCUCCUCAGCCUGUCCGGCUGAACGCAUCAACAUCUUUUUUAGCAGCCAAGAGCCUUUGGGCGGAAUCGAUCUGUCGUUUAGACAAAAAUCUUUGGUGCUGUACAUAAAGCAAAGUGAGACUCCAGUAAACUUGACAUGUAAGAAUUUUUUCUCUUCAUAUCUACAUUCAUAUUUACCUAAUUUUGCUUUCAUACUAUUAUUUUAUUUGCUAUCCUUUUGUAUUUACCGUAAUAACUUAUUUCACAAAGCUUUAUACCAAAUGCAGAAUGUGUAACUGUGUUCUUUUCUCUGGGUUGCGCAAAGUAAAUAGAUACAUCUAUCUACUAUCUGUUUGUCUACAUAUUUAUUUUGUUGAUAAAUUGCAAAAAAACAAAUGGCAUUCAACUAGUAAAUACACAUUAAAAUCAGGCUGUUUUGGUAUAAAAACUUUGUGAAUAAAAGGGUUUUAGGUUUUUCAAUAAGUAAUACUAAUGUAUACGAUUUUUAUGUGAUGAUUUUGUAAUGGAUCCAGGACUCAAGUGCAGGGAUAGUUGACCUGUUUUGUUGGCGUGGUUUCAGGGUUAAAUUUGACUCAAAGUGGCUGAAAGACAAAUAAAUUUAGCUAAAUGUGUAUUUGUCAUUGUUGGUUGAUUUUAUUCGUUUAAAAAUCUCAGAUUGCACCCGAGAUGAUAAUUUUGAAAAACUCUCCAGCUCACUUCCCCAUUACUUAAGUUAAUGAUUCUGAGCAAUAGUGUGUGAUAACAUUUUGUUUGAUAUUGUCAUGUUAGAAAACUUAAACCCUCUGAACCUCAGAUUGGAUUUUGGUCCUCACGUUCCCAGACAUGCUUCCUCUGUAAGUGACAGUUCUAUUGUUUACAAAAGGAGAAUUUUGUUUGUGCUUAUGUUUAAUUAAAGUGUUGGUAACAC